AUGUCUCCAAUCCUUUGUGCUUCUCUGUUCAGAUCCCUGCUCUUAAUGCUGUUGGCCGUGCUGUCAGCCAGCAGUUCUGCCUCCGGGAAGGUGAUACAGCCCGGACUCAAGCCGGGGAGCCUCUUCAAGCAAGCAUAUGCUGGAUGUCUGACCCAAAAAGACUCAACAUUCCCUCAGACUGUGAGAGUAAACAUAAGCAUCAGCAACUCAAACCAGAAUGCCAUUGUGAGUCCUGAUGUCAGCAGACGCUCUCUGGCUCCGUGGGAUUACAGGAUCGAUGAGGACCACAACCGUUUCCCCGAGAUGAUUGCCGAUGCCAAGUGCCGCCACUCCAGGUGUGUGAAUUUGGACGGGAAGCUGGACCACAGCCUCAACUCCGUCCCCAUCAAACAGGAGAUCCUCGUCCUCCGGAGGGAGAGGAAAGGUUGCCACCAAUCCUACCGGCUGGAGAAGAAAGAAAUCACUGUGGGCUGCACAUGUGUCACCCCCUUGAUCCGACACCAGGCUUAAGGGAAGCCAGUAGUGUAAGAGCA